AAUACAUUUCCAUAUACUACACUGUGCUCGGCUUGUUGUGUACCCUACCUGCUGUACCCCAAAUGGAUAUCACAAAUUAAAUCUUUUGAGCAAAGCAAAUAUUGGCAAACGUGUUGGCAAUGUACGCGGAUAAACGUGGCUUAGAUAAGCCCAAUGUGGCAACAGCAGCAGCAGCAGCAGCGGCAGUAGCAGUGACACACUUGGGUACGCACCCAUUGCAGCAGCAACAGCAGCAGCAGCAGCAACAUCAUCAUGUAUUGCAGUUGCAGCAGCAGCAGCAACAUCAACAGCAGCAACAUCACAUGCAACAUAUGCAUGCGCAUCAUAAUUUUCAGCAACACGAAACGGUCAGCUUGUCACAGCAGCAACACUUGCAACAGCAACAGGCUGCCCAGCAGCAGCAGCAACAGCAACAGGCCAGCCAACAACAACAGCAACAGCAGCAGCAGCAGCAACAGCAACAACAGGCAGCCGGCAUGUUUACAAGAUUCGAUGCAAACAAGUCGACCAAGGGCGCCUCGAAGAUGCGGCGGGAUCUUAUAAAUGCCGAGAUAGCCAAUCUGCGGGAUCUGCUGCCGUUGCCGCAAUCGACGCGCCAAAGACUGUCCCAGCUGCAGCUGAUGGCAUUGGUUUGUGUUUAUGUGCGCAAAGCCAACUACUUUCAACAAGUAUUUAAGCGACACAAUGCGCUGCAUCAACAUCAUCAGACAGCAACACCAAAUAUUGGCUUCUCAAAGGCGCUUUCCGGCUUUCUAAUGAUGCUCACACAAAAUGGCAAAUUGCUCUAUAUAUCGGAUAAUGCUGCCGAGUACCUGGGACAUUCCAUGGAGGAUCUGUUAAUACAUGGCGAUUCCGUUUACGAUAUUAUUGACAAACAGGAUCACGCAACCAUACAGGCCGAACUGAAUCGGAACGUGCCACCGCAGCCAGGUGGCAAUGUGAGCAGCAGCGAUGCCACUUCAGCCAGCAAUGGUGGUGCAUCCACUUUGGAAGGCGAGCAUCGCAUGUUUCUCUGUCGCAUGAACGUUAGUCGCAAUGCGCGACGCCAAAUGCGUUUCGGUGAUCAAAAGGUCGUUUUGGUGCAGGGUCACUAUUUGUCAUUUUUGCCGCUCUGCAGUCGCAACGAGCCCGUCUUCUUGGCCACCUGCACACCCAUCGCCAUGCCCGAGACGCGUGAGUGUGUGGUGCAGGGCGCCACCAAUGUCUUCACCACCAUACACUCCAUGGAUAUGAAAAUCGCGCACAUCGACAAGAACGGCGAAUUUCACUUGGGCUAUGAUAAGGCGACGCUCCAGGGCACGUCCUGGUAUAAUCUCAUACACAGCGAGAAUCUGCGUGAGGCUCAAAGCAAACACAGGCUAAUUACGCAAUCGGAGCAGGAUCGCAGCUGUAUACUCUUGGUGCGCAUGCAGCGCUCCAGCGGCGACUACACCUGGGUGCAUGUUGUGUUGCAAGUGCGCGACAGUCCGGACUCUACGCAACAGCCCGUUAUAGUCUGCACCAAUCAAGUUCUAAAUGAACGCGAGGCUACCAUAAUGCUGGCCAACUCCUGGCUCUACCACUACUACACAGUGCAGUCCAAGAUACAGUUUGGCAUGCCACUCGAGAGCGCCAUGCGUGUUACGUCGGCGAGCAGCACUGGCGGCUAUUACAGCACGCAUCAGCAGCCACAUGGCGGCGGUACAGCGGGCAUCAAUCUGGGCAUGUCCGGUGCGGCGGUGGGCAUGGCGAGUGUAUUUGGCGCACAGCAUGCGCAUCAUCAUCAUCAUGCGGCGGCGGCGUAUCAUCAUCAUCAUACGCAUAUGGGUGCCACCUAUGGCGGUGUGUAUCAUGCCGAGGGUGCCUUGGAGCUGAAAGAGGAUCAGCAGCUGUACGGCUUUCAAGCGACUGCGCCCAGUGGUGGCGGCGGUCUGGAGCCCGUGGAUUAUAGUCAGGUAAAUGGCGCUGCAUCAAGCAGUCAAAAGUCCACGCGUUCCACAGCAUCACCGCCGCCGCCCAAGAAGCGUGCGCGCAACAAACUGGAGCCGCUCUAUCUGCAUGCCGAACGUUCACCCGCCGCAGUCAUUACGCCGGAGCCGGAUUGCUAUGCCUUACAGCCUGCUUAUGCUUCAGGUGGCGGUGGCGGUGCUUUGUCCAGCAGCAGCGAUGCAGCCACUUCAGUUAUCUAUGCCACUAUUGUGCCCACACGUCCGCGUUUGCCAAACAAAGCGCUGCCGCCCGAUCCGGCGGACUUCAUAGAGCAAUGGAAUCCCAGUCCGCCUUGGUCCGAGUCCGCGCAGAAGGCUUCGCUGGAUAGCUUUGGCUCGUCGCAUGAACUUAGUCCCUGCAUUACAACCACUCCGCCCACGCCUACAAGUGCCACACCCCAUCAUGGCGGCAUCAGCUCACAAACUAUUGGACCUGCGUUCAGCUUUGAGUGGAUGUCCGAUCCGCUGGUGCCUGUAGCCUAUCAGCAAUGGCCAGCAGCAACAGGUGAUCAUCAUCAGCAUUUGUCACAGCAUCUGGCAGCAGCACAGCAACAACAGCAGCAGCAACACCAUCAUCAGCAGCACCACCUUCAAACGCAGCAGCAACACCAAACGCACCACACACACUUAAACGCGCCACAAGCACCACAAUUAACGCUGCAUGGCGGUGUGCACGUGGCGCGCGUGGAACUUGCCGCCGAUUUAGUGGCUGCGGGCACGGGCCGUGCUGAUGCCCCCGAACCGGUCGAGGAUAGAGAUACGAAAAAUUAGUGACCUGCGCAUUAUGCAAAGCUCGGAAUAACCCAACGCGGCUCAGCGUGCAACGGGCAGGUGAUAAUCACACUUAAAUUAAUUGCCACUUGUCAUCUUAGCGUUUACAUUAUUAUUUUUAUCUAACUCGAAACAAAACACAAGCAC